AUGGGAUUGUUGUGAGUGUCACCUCCAGCUUCGAGUUCAUUAUCCUUGUUUUUGAGCACGAAGAAAGGGACCACCAGGAAGCCGUCGCCAUCAAAAAAUGUGAAAAGAGUGGAGAAAAAGAGCUCGAGCAACAACACGACCGAGGAGGAGAAACCGCGGAAGCCCGUGAACCCUCGGGCAAGGGAGGCUGAUGAGCAGCAGCAGUCGACGGCGGCGUCGACAAAGGUAGUGAAGCCGAAAGCGAAGGUGCAGAAGAAAAAGGUGGAGAAGAAGACGGCGACGGCCGAUGCGGCGAAAGCGACAACUCCGAAAGCGUCCACUCCUGCUCAGUCGCCGGAUCCUCUGCAGACUCCGCCGGAUGUAAAGGCCAAGAAGGACGUGGAAGACACGCCGACACUUCCUGCUCUUCUGCCUAGCAAGGAGCUGCCGCCGCCGAGCAAAGAGUCGAUGAGCAAGGAGGCGAUGUCAUCGAAAGGAGCGGAGACACCGACAUCCAUCAAAUCUGCCGCCACUCAGGGAUCAUCAUUGACAUCGACUACUGAUCGAUGGACGGGAGGACCCACUGCGAAGGGAUGGAUGGAGAAAUCGGGUAAGAAGGUCGCUUGACUGGUUGUAGAUUAAUUGCUUUUUUUAGACUUCCUUGAGACAAAAAUGGAAUAUGAGAAGCUGCAACAAAUGCAAGUGAACGUGGACAAGGACUGUGGAAAGUGGAAGGCAAACGCGAAGUUCAAUCAGUCCGAAGAUUACCCCGCGCUCGACUCGACGCUAGUCAAAUGUCCGGAAAUGAAGGAAUACGUCAACAUCUCCAACCUCAACGUCCCUCUCCGUCGUCCAGUUCUCAUCGGUCAAAUCCCAGUGCCGGGUACCGAAGAGACAUUCUGGAAGGCCAUUUUCGAGUUGCGAGCCACCAGCAUCCACCUGCUCGUCGGAGAUGAGUCUGUUGAGUUCUUCCCCAAACGGGCGCUCGACUUCAUCCACUACGGUUCCAUGUUCGUCAACAAUCGACGGGUCGAGCAGAUUUCGGGCGACGACGUCUACAAGUUUGCGAUCGAAGUGCUGCCGGCCGGACUGUCCAACUCGAUCAUCUGCAACGUGACUAUGAUUAAGAACUGGCAGCUGGACAGUGUGCAUCCGAAGUACUCGUGCGUUGUCAAGGAGACUAUUGAGCUCUCGAAUGUGCUCAGCACUUCGGUCAGAUUCUUUUUCCUCUAUAGUGCUUACAACCUUCAUUUCAGCCACCCGAUGAAAACGCCCUCAUCAUGUCCCAGCACGGGUCUGGUCGUGCCGGAUUCUUCGUCUCGUUGGCAGUAGCCGUCUACCAGAUGGACAAGAAGAUCGAGCCGAACUUUGCCGAAAUCGUCAGAAACAUCCGUACACAGCGUCCGAAGGCUGUCGAAUCACUGCGUCAGUACGCCUCGUUGUAUAUCUCCAUGUUCUACUACAUCAAGAGGAAGUCGUCGAAGCUGGACGGCGACAAGAAGGCCGCCUCGGACCCCAACGACCCGCUCAUCAAGAAGGCCGUGCAGCUGACAAAUGCGUUCACGGAGGGACUGAUGGCUGAGGUUGCGGCCAAUCAGGGACUGUCCACGAUGACGAUGCUCAUGAAACAGUGA